AUGAAUUAAAAGAUUGAAAUAUAGCUAGCAAAAGGCAAGUCUAUAGAGUUUAAAAUAGAUGAUGCAGGCAAUAUUACAAUUCUCUUUUUAAACUAAAAAACUUCAACAAAAUCAGAAAUUAAUUUCACAAAAAAACAUCAUAUAGCGAAGAUUUUUAGAUCAGGACAAUUCAGUAAAAGCUUAUUGAAAAAAUAUUUAUUUGAAAAUUACUAUGCGUUUAGAAUAUAGCAGUUUCAAUAAAAUAUUUUUCUCAGAGGAGGUGGUAGCGGAAAUACAAAAAUUAAUACAUAAAAGAUCAAUGAAAAGCUAUAAACUCUUUCUAAAAAUGAAUUAGAUUAUGUAGAAUAAAAUGAAAACGAUAACUUAAUUGCUGACUAUUAAGAGGUCUUAUAGUUUUAGUAAAUGGAGUUGCAGCAAGGGACAUAGCAGCUUUAAGCAGAGAUAUAUAGAAUGAAGUAGCUUAAAAAAGAGUAGAAGUAAGGAGAGUUAAUACAAUAGGAAUAAAAAGUUAAAAAAUUGCAGCAAAGCAAUGUCAGAAAGUAUCAGUUAAAAAUUGAAAAGAUAUUAUUUUGUGACAUCUACAUCAAGUUGUUGACUGGAGAUCGCUUAAAUUUUGUUGGAAACAAGCUCUAUUUUAUAGAUUUGUUUGAGAAGUACCUCGAUUGUCUUCUAAGACUUUCCGAUUAUGAAAUUUACUCAAAUAAAAAAGAUAUCAAUAAGUAGAUAGAAAAACUGAGAAAAUUUGAAAGAAUUUGUCUUGAUCUUUCAGCAAAAUACCCAGUUUAAGAUAUCUUAUUCUACAUUUCUCUCAUGAUAAAGAUUUAGGAGGUGAAUUUGGAAAUAUAUUAUGAGAAAUACGAUGGUUUGACUGAAGCAAUAACCUUAACUUCGAACCUUUUAAAGCUAGGAUACUACGGAUUUAAAAUAAAUAUAGCUGAUGCUGCUUUAGAGUUAGUGAAUAUUAUCAACUUUGUCUAUAAAAAGAUGGAUGCUUUCUCUUCUCAAGGGAUAUUUAAUGCUCUACUCUACAUAGAAAUAUUUAAAAUUUAAAACUUCACUAAAACAAAGAAUACUCAAGAGUGUGAGAACAUUUAUGGGUAACACUUAUCAAAAUGUUUUGGACAGUGCUAUGAAGGUUUUGAUUCCCACGAGAUCUUAUUCUACAUUUCACUGAUAGUUAACUAAGAAUGGAAUUUAAAAUAUAUCAAAGAUCACAAUGAAAUGUCUUUGAUGUAUGUUUUAAAUAAGAUAGAUUACCUCUUAACACUCAAUUUCUUAUAAAACCACCAAAAAUUUUUUUUGGUUUAGUUUUAGUAAAACUGUCAAAACGAAUAAUUCAAUUUGUCGAAUAAAUUAGUAAUAAAAUUUAUUGAGUACAUUUGUGAUUUGUUUGAUACGGAAUUCAAUGAAAUUAAAAUGUUUAUUAUUGACAGCGAAGUCUACAAGCUUAGAAUAGUUUACAUAAUAACAAGUAUUAUGGUAAAGUUCUUCAAGAUAUUUUCAGCUAAGAAGAUAGAUGACAUGAUGGAGAUAGUUUACUUAGAAGAUUAUUCAAAUAUCCUUCUCCAGAAUCUCUGGUAGCAUAUUUGUUAUAUCUUUAUCACGACAAGAAGAUUAGAGUUGCAGACCAUAUUUGAGUUUGCAGGUAAUAAUUUUUGCUGUUUUAUGUCUGACUACUUGGAAAAGUAGAAAAACAUUGAAAAACUUUAAUAGAAAUUCAAUGUUUCUUUUAUGGAAUUCGAAUAAAAAUGUGUGGAAAAGUUAAUUAAUUUGUGGGAUAAGUUUGUUUCAGAGAGAAAGGUCGAAGGAUUAGAGCUCAAAGAUGACCUUUUGCAUGAUGUCUAGGAUAUGUACAUCAAUCAGAGAUUUAAAUAUUUAAAGGGUAAUAACAUAUUUUCAAAGGAGUAAGGAGAUGAGGAGUAAUUAGAAAUUUCGACACCUGGUAAUGAGACGAAGAUAACAACUGUGGACAAGAUCAAAAAUUUCUUUAAAACAAAUAAAAUAUAAGAUUAACAAAACACAACAACAAUCAAAUUGAUUAGAGAUAAUUUUUUAAAACAAUCUGAUUGUGUUGUUUUGGUAAUUCUUGCAGAAGGUGGUAGCGGAAAAUCGAUGCUGCUAAAAAAAAUACAAAUAGAUUUAACUCAUGAUUCAUCUCAACUUUAUUUCCCUAUUUUCAUAAAAUGCAAUCAAUUAAAUUAAAAAUAUCCAACAAUAGAGGCAGUUCUUUCUUCAGAUGAGUAUUCUAUCAGUAAUUUUGACAUAAUUGCUAUAAAAAAAUCUUCCAAAAGGCAGAAAGUUAUUCUCUUAGACGGCUAUGAUGAGUACACUGGAGACAACUUCAAUAUCUACAAGGAUUUGAAUUUAAGUGAAUGGAACAACACAAAAGUUAUUCUAACUUCAAGGAAAGAAAAGUUAGAUGAGCAUAGCAUAGUUUAAUUUGUUCAAGUCAAAGAAAAAAAUAAUAACCCUGAAGCUUCUUUUUGUAUAUUAGAUUUAUUGCCUUUUAAUGACGAUGACAUUCAAAUAUAUUGCUAAAACUACAUUGAAAAAUACAGAUAAUCACUUAUGCCCACUCCUGAUAAAGACACUACAAAGCAUUUUUUCAAUAAAACGAAAAAGUCUUAAAAAGAUUAAGUUAAAGAGUAAGGCACUAAAGAGUUAGAGGAUCAUCUUGCUAAUGUCUAAGAAGCACUUUUCAAUAUAUUAGAUUAAGGAAACAUCUAUAACAUAGUGAAACUACCAAUAAAUCUCUACCUACUUACAAGGAUUAUACAUGAAAUCGAUUAAGAUUAAAUUAAUCAAAUAAAGUAUUUUGAUUAAGUUUCUCUAUAUUAGCUAUUUUUUAAGUAGUACUUUAAGAGAGAGGCCUAAAAUAUGGUUGAAAUAUUGAUGAACACAAACACUUAUCAGAAAACUGAACUUAUUUCUAUAUAAAAUCUUAUUUUGGAAUAAUAUUUCGAUUACUUCUAAAGUGUAGCGAUGAAAAUGUUCUUGUAAAAAGGCCAAGUUACUUAAUUUUUAGUUGUUAAUUAGAAAGACAUACCUGUUAUAAUUUCUGAAGACCUUAAAAAUAGUUUGAAAGAAGAAGAAGAUCAAUAAAUAUUAAUCAAAAGAAUACAAAAUUAUAUAAAUAAUUAGAUAAUUAACAUUCUGAUUAAUCAAAGUAGCAGAAUCGGCUCAUCUAACUCUUAGAAAUAUGUUAAUUAACAGCUUGAGUUUAAACAUAAGUCAAUUUAUGAAUAUUUUGUAGCUAGAGCGAUGAUUAAUGAUUUCAUUAAUUAUGAAAAAAAAGGAAUUAGAUUAAGCUCUUUAAGCGAAGAAGAUCUAUAACAGUUUAAUAUCAAUCAAAGACUUAUCAUGAUUAAUAUUUAGAAUUAAUCUGAGCCCGAAAUAUUAAUCAAACUAAGUCAUAUUUUAAACUCAAUCAUAUCAGAAAAUAUUAACAAAUACACAUACAAACACCAGCGCCAAGCAAUUGUAUUCUAUUUAGAAUAUAUUUUUAUGACUAGGUUUUACUCAAGCUUGAAUAUUGGUUCUUCUAAUUUGCUUUCUGCUUUAUUUUAAAAUAAUUUUGCUUUCGACAAUUUAGAUUUAUCUGAUUGUAAAUUUCCUUAUGCUUAUUUAUUUUAAUCUAACAAAAGCACAAUUAAUUUUAGUAAUUGCCACUUAAAAUAUGCCUUGAUAAUUGACAGCUUAAUAGACACUAAAAAUGCAAAGAUAAGAAAAACUAUCGGUAGUAUUGUUGAUUCACAGUACUACAAAUUCAAUCAUAUGGAAGUUGAUGACUUUGAAUUCUCUAUUGAUUGUAGCUAUUUUGCAUUUUAUAAUUAAUAACAAUUGCAAAUAUGGAAAUAUACAAAAAAAUUCAGUCUAAUUUAGUCAUUUGAGGGUAAUUAUUACUAAAAAAAAGAAAAAUAUAAAAUAUAAUCAGGGUUCACUCAGUGUAACAAGUAUUACAUUACAAAAAAAGGUGAUAUUUGGAGCAUUAAAGAAAAAAAAUUUAUACUUUUGAAUGCAUAAGACGAUGAUUACAGCACUUAAGACAUGUAAAAGAAAAGCAAUUAAAAUAAGAUUUAUAUAGACAACAUAAGUAUUUUAAGUUUUGGAAAUCCUUAUUUGCUGACAAUCAAUUCAAAAGGAUAUAAAAUUAAUAUUUGGGAUAUCAGGCAAAAAUUCUAAAUCUAUAAAGUUUAGGAAUGGCCUCAGUAGUUUGAAUCUGCAGUUUUUAGCUCUCAGUGUAACUUUGUUGCAAUUACAUAAAAAGAUAAUAGCACUUACCUACUUGAUGGACAAAAUUUCAUUCAAAUAAAAGAAUUCUUGCGCUCUAAGUUUGUUUAGUUUAGUUUUGAUGAGAAAUACUUUAUACUCUACUAAAAGAAUUAUAAAAAUGAUGAGAGAUAUCUUUCACUCUUUGAUAUUAAAUGUAAUUUGAUCAAAAGAUUUGUAAUAACAUAUUUAUUUAGAUGGUAUCCAAAGUUCAGCUACGAUAGUAAAUUUUUGCAAUUAAAAAUAUUUAAUAGAUGGGGAUAAAAGCACUAAGACAUUUUCCUUGAUAUUCAUAAUGAUUUUAAAUGCGUAGGAUCAUAUGAUUAUAUCAAAUCAAUAGAAUUCUUCAAAGAUAACAAAAUAAUAAUUAAAAAAGGUGAUUUAUUUAUUGUUGAUAAUUUAAAAAGCAACAUCCCACUCUUAGUACAGAACAAAGCUUCUAAUAUUCUCAAAGCAAUAUUUAGUAAUUAGUUAAAGUAUUUCGUCACUCUUUCAAAUAAUAACUAUUAAAUUUAUGAAAUUACCUAUGGAUUUAAAUACAUCAAAGAGGUUGAAGUAAGAGAAUAAAUUUUAGAACAAGCUCUUUUUAGUUAGGACGAUAAGUACUUUGCUACUUCACUACAAACUAAAGAGUAAACAAAUAUCUGUAAAGUGUGGGAUGUUGGAAAAUAUUUCUAAUGCAAGGCCACAAUUCCUUGUAAUCAAAUUAUAGACAUAAAAUUUAAUAGCAACUUAUAAUAACUAAUCAUAUGUGAACAGGCAGCAAUUAAUAUUUAUUCUAUUCGCUCAAACUUUAAAUUAUAUUAUGCUAUUGAUUUGAAUGCUUUGCAAAUGGAUAUAUGUCUCAAAAAUAACUAUUUAGUCACCCUGCAUGAGUAAGAAAUAAAGUGUUGGGAUUUAAAUGACAGAUUUAAAAAUGUUAUCAAAAAGUAAAUUUCAGCAAAAACCCGCUGCUUUAAAAUUAGUCAGGACUUUAAAUACUUAUUCACAGUGGAAUAGGAAAGCUUUCUUAGCUAAGAUAAAUACAAAAUCAACGUUUUUGACUUUUCAAAUAACUUGUCAAUGGUUGAGUCUAUUUAGGAGAAUUCGAUGUUCUUGUUUACAUUUGAUGUUCGUUUAAAUAGAUUAAUGUAUGAAAAAGAUUAUUAUAUGUGUGUUUGGGAAAUGAUAGAUAAUAAACUACAACAUAUAAUCACUUAUCCAGAUUCAAAUUACAGUAAUUUAAAUAACAAAGAUUUAGAAGAUGGACUAACAAUUGUAUAAUAAUAUUAUUAUAGCUAAGACACCAAAUAUUUAUGUGAAGUCAAUAUUAACAAAAUCAAAAUUCUAAAUUUUAAUUUGGACUUCCACAUCACUAACUUACCAAUAAUAGCAGAUCGCCUUACUUCUUUAGCAUUUAGCAAAGACUGCAAAUAUUUGAUAACUUGCACUUCAGAAUAUAAAUAUUCUAUUUGGAAUUUAUAAAAGAAUUUUAAGCUAUUGAUUGAAAUAAAGUUAGAUUCUAGAGAGACAGAAGUGCAAUUUUCUCAGAAUAAUAGAUACAUUGCCCUUUAUGGGAAAUAAAAAUGCAUAAUUUUAGAUUUAAAUAAUAAUUUUGAAAAAAUAAAAGAAAUUUAAUUUGAUGGUGAUAGUAUAAUCACUGCCUUAUUUAGUCAUUAAGACCACUACUUAAUUACAGGUACUUAAAAUGGGCAGCUAAACAUUUUUGAUAUAACUAAAGAUUUCGAGUCUAUUUAUCAGCAGUAGUUUUAUAAAUAAGUGAAAUCAAUAGCUGUAUAAAGCCAAAAUAAUUUAUUUGCAGUAGCUACAUCUAGUGGGCUUGUAGGUGUUUAUUCUUUCGAAACAAAAUUCUUAAUGAGAGUGCUUAUCUCAGAAGAUAAUUUAGGUUAAAUAGCCAUAAGUCCAAAUGGAUAGUAUCUGAUAGCAGUUUGUGCUAAAAGUAUAUAUUUAUGGGAUCUAUUUUAAAACUAUGAUAAGAUUGAAUUAGAAUUUUAAUUUAAAUCAAAAAUUGCUACUUUCACUGACAAAUACUUAAUCUUGGUAGAUGCAGAUAAAGGUCUAGUAAUUUUAGAUCCAUAUCAAAAUUUUAAAUAAGUAUCAGAGUGCAAAGUGCAUGAAAAAGAAAUAACCUGUAUGGACAUAACUAAAGACUACAAAUUUCUAGCAUUAGGAUUCAAAGCAAGCAUGUGCAAAGUAUGGGAUUUUUAAAAAUAUAUAGAAAGAGAUAAUAUUUUAUAUUAGAUCUGA